CGCGUGACGUCAGGGCGCCGCGGCCAAGACGUCGAAGCCAAAGGAAGACAAGAGCCAGCCGGUUGCCCAAGCGGUGUCGCCGUCGUGUGGUUAUCGCCUUGAGUCGUGGUUGACGAGCCCCGGGAGCGAAGGGUCCUGGUUGACAGUGAAAAAGCAGUCUGGCUCCCGAGGUCCACCCCUUACGCCCCAGGGUCCAGAUGGCGGCCAACGUGGGUGAUCAACGUAGCACGGAUUGGUCUUCCCAGUACGGCAUGGUGGCCGGGGCAGGCAGAGAGAAUGGCAUGGAGACCCCGAUGCACGAGAACCCGGAGUGGGAGAAGGCCCGCCAGGCCUUGGCCAGCAUCAGCAAAGCUGGGGCCGCUGGCAGUUCUGCCAAGGCCAGCAGCAAUGGGCCCAUGGCCAGUGCACAAUUCGUGGCGCAGGCAGAAGCCUCAGCCCUGCAGCAGCAGCAGUACUACCAAUGGUACCAGCAGUACAGCUACGCCUAUCCCUAUGGCUACUACUAUCCUGUGAGCAUGUACCAGAGCUACGGCUCCCCCUCCCAGUAUGGGAUGGCCGGCUCCUACGGCUCAGCCACACCCCAGCAGCCGUCAGCACCCCAGCACCAAGGGACUCUGAACCAGCCCCCAGUCCCUGGCAUGGAUGAGGGCAUGUCUUACCAGGCUCCCCCGCAGCAGCUACCAGCAGCCCAGCCCCCUCAGCCUGCAAACCCCCAGCACGGGGCUCAUGCUCUGAGCAGUGGUCCUCAGCCUGGGACGGCCCCAGCCACACAGCACAGCCAGGCAGGGCCCGCUUCGGGCCAAGCCUAUGGGCCACACCCCUAUACCGAGCCUGCCAAGCCCAAGAAGGGACAGCAACUAUGGAACCGCAUGAAACCCGCCCCUGGGACUGGAGGUCUCAAGUUCAACAUCCAGAAGCGGCCCUUUGCUGUCACCAACCAGAAUUUCGGCUCCAGCACUGAGAGCCAGCACAGCAGUUUCGGCCCCCAGUCUAACCCAGAGAAAGCCCAGAACCACAGUGGGUCUUCUGCCCGGGGAAACCUGUCCGGGAAGCCGGAUGAUUGGCCCCAAGACAUGAAGGAGUAUGUGGAGCGUUGCUUCACUGCCUGUGAGUCGGAGGAAGACAAGGACCGGACGGAAAAGCUGCUCAAGGAGGUGCUGCAGGCCCGGCUGCAGGAUGGCUCGGCCUAUACCAUCGACUGGAGCCGGGAACCUCUUCCAGGACUGACCCGGGAGCCUGUGGCUGAGAGCCCCAAGAAGAAGCGGUGGGACCCUGGCAGCCUUCACCCUCCUAGGGGGGCAGGCUCAGCGACAAGGGGCGGGGGCGCCCAGUCCCAGCGAGGGACGCCAGGGGCUGGGGGUGCUGGCCGAGCCCGGGGCAGCAGCUUCACCAAGUUUGGCAACCGCAACGUCUUCAUGAAGGACAACAGUUCUUCCUCCAGCACAGACUCCCGCUCCCGUUCCUCCUCCCGGUCCCCGACCCGCCACUUCCGCAGAAGUGACUCUCACUCGGACUCCGACAGUUCCUACUCAGGGAAUGAGUGUCACCCUGUGGGGCGCAGGAACCCAGCCCCCAAGGGCCGUGGUGGUCGAGGGGCCCACAUGGAUCGGGGCCGAGGCAGGGCACAGCGUGGGAAGAGGCAUGAUCUAGCACCCACCAAGCGCAGCCGAAAAAAGAUGGCGGCCCUGGAGUGUGAAGACCCUGAGCGUGAGCUGAAGAAGCAGAAGCGAGCAGCUCGCUUCCAGCAUGGACACUCCCGCCGCCUGCGCCUCGAGCCUCUGGUGCUGCAGAUGGGCAGCUUGGAGAGCAGCGGGGCUGACCCUGACUGGCAGGAGCUGCAGAUCGUGGGCACCUGCCCCGACAUCACCAAGCACUACCUGCGUCUCACCUGUGCCCCCGACCCUUCCACAGUACGCCCUGUGGCAGUUUUGAAAAAGUCGCUGUGCAUGGUCAAGUCCCACUGGAAAGAAAAGCAGGACUAUGCCUUUGCCUGUGAGCAGAUGAAGUCUAUCCGGCAGGACCUGACGGUGCAAGGCGUCCGCACCGAGUUCACGGUGGAGGUGUAUGAGACCCAUGCCCGGAUCGCCUUGGAGAAGGGGGACCACGAAGAAUUCAACCAGUGCCAGACACAGCUCAAGUCACUGUACGCGGAGAACUUACCUGGCAACGUGGGCGAGUUUACUGCCUACCGGAUCCUCUACUACAUCUUCACCAAGAACUCAGGAGACAUCACAACAGAACUGGCGUACCUCACACGGGAACUGAAGGCGGACCCUUGCGUGGCCCACGCCUUGGCACUGAGGGCAGCCUGGGCCCUGGGCAACUACCACCGCUUCUUCCGGCUCUAUUGUCAUGCCCCCUGCAUGUCUGGCUACCUCGUGGACAAGUUUGCAGACCGGGAGCGCAAGGCUGCCCUCAGGGCCAUGAUCAAAACCUUCCGCCCUGCGCUGCCAGUCUCCUACGUGCAGGCCGAGCUGGCCUUCGAGGGCGAGGCCGCCUGCCGGGCCUUCCUAGAGCCCCUGGGCCUGGCCUACACGGGCUCGGACAACUCCAGCAUCGACUGCCGCCUCAGCCUGGCGCAGCUGUCAGCCUUCUGAGCACCCAGCGAGGAUGGGGGCCGGGGCGGGGUGGGAAGCUUCGGCAGGGGCUGCAGCCCCCAGCGCCGCCUUUGCGGAUUUUGUUUUUGAGCCAUGGACUUGGGUUGUAAAUUAAUUUGUGGGGAGUGGGCUCCAGGAAGAGCCACCAUCCCUGCCCCCGUUUUCCCACCGGGGAGUCUGUACAGAGAUUUUUUUCUACAUUUUUAUUUUUUGCCUCAGAGGGAUGGGGUUGGGGGAGGAGGGGUGGGACAGCGGAGGGUUGGGGGCAUGGUCUGUAGGCUUGUCCAUGUCCACCUUUCACCUCCACUAAUGUUGUCUCAGUGUUUUUUCUCUCUCUCUUUCGAGCUUGUACUCCGGUACCCGACCUGGUGCCCUGGCCUAUCCCAUGCCAGGGGGGCCAGUGGAAAGAAGACAGGCCGUCCAGCCGUGCCCGCCUGCAGCGGGGGCACCCAGCAAACCAGCCCACCGCCUGUGCCUCAUCUGCCUCAUCACAGACUCUUGUUGCCCAGCUCUCUGGGGCCUCAGUGCGUGGGGUGAGGGGAGCUGCUUAGAGACUAUGCCCCGCCCUCGGCCCCCCACCCCAGAAACGCCAACGCCAGCACCCAGUUCGCCGCCACACUGCACUGAGGACUCCGGAGGCCAUCGCGGGACCUCGCCGGCCGGGCUGCCUCGUCUCAAGUUGUAUUAAGUUGUCUUCGUUUCCCUCCUCCCCUGCCCCCAAUGUUUCUUCUGAUUUUUUUUCCCCCUUCCCUCCCUCCCUCUUCCUGCUUCCCAUCCUCCCUUGGUUCAGCACAGGUAAAACGGUUACCCCCCCUGCCUUCAUGGAUCACCAGCUCACGUCAUGUUUCCUUCUCUUUUCUUUUUGUGUGUGUUUAUUUAAGUUAUUUUUCUUCUUCCUCCCCUUUUCUUUUUGGUCCUCCCUCCCUCUUCUGCCAUGUAACUGGAGGAUGUGCUAUGAGUUUGCAAACAGCUGGACUGUCAGGCUGCUUUUUUUCCAGAUGUUCCUCCUCUGCCUCCCCUUCCCCCCCUCUCCUCCCUUUCCUUCCUUCAUUCUUUCCUUGGAGCACUAAGCAUCAUUUGGAAGCUUGAGAGAAACCAAAAUUAGAGAGAGAGAGAG